UCGUUGUUCCGCAGCGCUCCUCCGUUCGUUAGAGCCUCGGGCCCGCUCGAUGGCUGCAGUCGCCGCCUCAUCUAGCGAACGCUAGGAACUUCUGAGCUGACGGACAAGGCUAAGGCGCGGCCGCCGGCAUGCUGCGCAGCGGCUCCCUGCUUGUCCUGGUGGCGGGGCUGGCGGUCUGCCUCGACCUUGAGAACCUCCAGAGGUCAUCCCACUUCCCCGGCUCCGGCGGCGCCUCUCCUCAGCAGGGCCAGCAGCACCACUACGGCGUCACCAAGCGGACCUCUGUUCCCCGGAGGGACCCCGAGGAGCUCCACAGGCGGCCCCUUGUGGCGCCCUCCAGCAGCAGCCCAGAAGAGAGACUCUACUACCGGCUCCUUUCCAGCCGCAUGGCUCGGCUGCUCCCCGCGCUCUUGGGCGAACAGCAGCAGAAGCAGUACGCCGGAGAGACUCCCAUGGUCGGUGCGUCCUCCUUCUUCGACGACGACGACGACGACAGCCGCAAUGCUGGUCGCGCAACCAGCCACGUGGCAGAUGAGGACGCCGGAGAGGAGGGGCAGGGAGACGAGCAAGAGGCCGACCAAGUGAUGAUGUACCUGCCCAAGAGACGCGUAGUGCACUCCACGGCGGGAAGGCUGCAGGAGCCGCGAUUCGCUGAGAUGAGCCACUCCGUGUACGGCAUCCGCAAACGCGUGGCUCCCUUCACACGGCGCCUGCAAGUGGCGAGGCAAGAUGAAAAGCGCAAGCGCUCCACACGGCGCCAGCUUAAGGACGUGGCGUCUCCCUUCCGGCGGAAGAAGGCGUUCAGCAAGAAGGAGAGCGCUGCGACGAAGGCGUCCUCCUCCUUCCUCUCGGGACACCAGGGCUCCGGAAGAAGCUCGACUGUACCAGUGGUGGUUGGCAAUGCCACUGUCCAGAAAUCCGACGCCAAGGCUCAUAGCAAGACUUCAUCAGGUGGAGCUGCCAACGGUGGGAACAAGAAGUACCACAUUAUGAAGCGCAGCAGCUACAGUACAGAUGACAAGGUGACUGGCGAGCUUCGGAACAUUUUUGAAGAAGACGACGACGGCCGCAAGAAACGGGAGAAGAAGACGCUGAAAAAGAGGGAGAACGCGGCGAACGCAUUAAAAGGGCCAUCAGGAGUUGACGACGCAUCCAGCGCGGCGUCUGUUGGCAGCCAUGGCGCUGCGACGGCGUCCAAGGGUGGUUCCGGGACCUCUACCGACGAAGACAAGUUCAAGAAAUGGCUCCUGGAUGAGUACUACCGCACCAUGGCGCUGUCGUUUGCCAGUAUGCGCCGCAAGCGCAUGGCUACACAUCAAGACACACUGGACCUCCGCCAGGUCAAGAGGACAGCACUUCCACCAUCCGCACCGGUCGCUGGCACUGCUGAUGACCAGUUUCAGGCGGUCGAAGAUAAACUGCGCACCAUCGAGGACACCAUGAUUGGUGAAGCCGUGGCGCUUGUCCGAGAUGGCGCCAGCGACGAAGCCGAGCUGCGUGCUAUCAACGCCGGGGUCGCGUCGCGACUUGACGCUGCGUACGACUUGGAGAGCGUGCGCCAGUCCCUGGACCACCUUCAGUCGACGCUGGAAGACAUGCGCCGCCAGGAGCUCCAGGCAGCCCUGGCAGAAGACGGUGACGAAGAGGAGAGCACUUCUGCUGCCGCCCUCCGAAACGAUGGCGCUGAAGAGCAGACCCAAAGCUCUUCGUGGGCCCAGCUGACCGACAAGCAGAACUGCCCUGCGGUGCAGCUGCUCAGCAGUUCUUGCCCAGCCGCGGCGCAGUCUGCCAGCCCGGUUCCAGCAAUGCAGAGGCUUCUUCUCGACGCCUGCGAGUGGCAACAGACGUGCUAUGUCUGUGGUUCUUACUACGGCCUCGGAGCUGAAGAAUGCGAGGGCGGUGGUGGCAGCCACGGUGGUUCUUUGCAGUUCACGCGGCUGCUUGUCAGUCAACUCCUGCUGCGUCAAACCAAGAAUGUGCAGGCUCAAGCCGCGUGCGCCGAGUCCUGCGUCGCGGACCUUCUGCUGAGUCACUGAGCGGAAAAGGAGCGAGGGCCUACGACAUACACAACAUCGCACCGGAGACCCCAGCAAACUCUGAGACGGAGGUUACGCCACACGUCGCUACGGGGACGGCAGAAGCUGAAUUUAAAAAAAAAAGGCCACGAAAGUCGAGCCGACAGGAACUUGGUUUCCAGUUGCGCAUCUUUAGCUUGUUUCAUCACCGUAUAACCCAGCCCGUGCCUCUCAGGUAUGCAGACGGUCAGUCACGCUAGGUUCAACACUUGUAUGUCUUCAUUUCUCUGUGUUGACUGAUGUCCUUUCAUUCACGUAAAAGUGUCCGGUGUUGGUACAGGAGGUACUUUCUAUGUUUUUAGCACUACUUGAUGUAUUCAUCGAGAGAUAUUCUUGGGUGUCGAUUGUAUACGCAUGCCUUGCUGAUGAGCCGCAGUUGUAACGUUCGAUUUCGGGCCAACGAACGCUCGAAGGUGAUACCAUUCUGAGAGGGAACAAAGAUAAAAGAACUUCCACGUACUGACACAUUGCUUUGAAAUUGUCUAGUUGUGCGAACAAAUCUGAUUCGUUCCUUAGCUUCCUCGAUGUGUCUGAGUGUACAGUAAUGAAAACCUUAUUCGGCGCAGUAUUUUUCGUUUGACACAGUGCGAGGAGCAAUGGAAGAUUAUAAGCUCUUGCACACUGUCAUCACUGCGCGCUUUUAUCUUUGUCCUUCAUAGGAGUUUCUGAGCAUAUGCUAAUUUUCAAUGAAAAACCUUGGGAAGGUCAUGAGUUAUAAAAUUGUCCUUGAUGUACUACCUGCCAGUUUUCGCGAUAACAUUCCGUGGUGCCUGUUCCAAAGACGUAAGCGUUAAGGGGUGUUGCACAUUCCCGCCGUAGCAGAGCAUCCACGUCGGCCACGGCUCACUAGAGCGUGCUAUUUACUGAGUAAGGAAGGAACAAUAGACACAUCAGGCCUUUGCGAACACUCGGAAUUUAGAACCCCGCAUGUAAUUCCCAUUUUGUUGUAAUGCUGAUCACAAAGGGCUUCUUUGCUUAAUGUAUUCAUACAAUUCUUGCUGUCUCGAAAGCCGAGCUUUGCUCGCUCCUUAUUGUAUUCUAAGAUCCUGAAGUAUCCAGGAUAUGUUUUCUAUAGUUGGUGAAAAUACAUAAUCGUAAUAUUGUGCCGAGGCAGCAGAUGCAAUUUGUAAAAGGCAAAUAUGUAAAAAGAUAUGACCAGGUUUGCCUGCAAAAAAGAAAAAAAGAAACUAUCAAGCACCUAGAAGUGAAUUUUUGCCGAAAGCUUGGCUGUUUAUUUAAAGAAUGUAGGAUACGAGUUGAAACAGGUUUUUAUUUGAGAAUUAUGAACAACGGGAUGAUGUAACUUCUCCGCAGGGCGCUCAAAAGCGGGUCUUCGGGAAACCUUGCGUCCACAAAAUGAGAGAUAUGAACGAAAUAGAUGGAAUCAAAUUUUCCUGAAUACACCACGCGCCCAUUAGGGGAUGUGGAUGCCUACAAUAAGAAAAUAAAUGCGCGACGUAGUCUUAUUGUGGUAUGCGCACAUGUCGUUCGUCGUGUCUGCACAUUGCGCUUACAUAUGUUUACCAAUACAGCAGUGUUGGCACAGUGGUAUGGUACAUUUUUAAGACCGAGUGUGUGACCGCUGCAUGGUUUGAUCCCAUUAAAAUGACCUCAUUUCAGCGUGACCUUUCCCGUUUGUUGUCCGUAAGAUAUUGGAAUGCCGGUCUGUGCAUAUACAUAUGUAGCAUUGACGUGCCAUUCUUGUCCGAAUAAAACGCUGCGAAUGUGUUCAAGAAAUGUGAUAAUAAUAAAGAAUAACUAUAUACUGUUGAA